CGGCGCAGGAUCAGCUGACGGCUCUGGGGCUUGUAGAGGGCAAAACUGCUCCAAGCUCAGGCUGACAAUAACAAGCUGUUUUAAUAUUUAAAGAAAACCCGGCUGUGAGGAAAAUGUUUCAUUGAAGCUCUCUAAAGUUUGGAAGAGAACAUGUCAGGAAACACUCUGGUCUUACCCAUAGUGCUGUGGGGCCGCAAUGCUCCCACCCACUGCAUCUCUAGCCUGCUGGUGAUGGACGACCUGGCCACCAUCAUCAGCGGCUGCCAUGACGGUCAGAUCUGCAUCUGGGACUUGACCCCUGACCUUGAGAUUAACCCGCGCGCUCUGCUGUUUGGACACAGCACCUCGGUCACCUGUCUGUCCAAGGCCAGUGCGAGCAGUGACAAACAGUACGUGGUCAGCGCCUCGGAGAGCGGAGAGAUGUGUCUCUGGGAUGGGAAUGACGGACGCUGUAUUGAGUUCACUAAGCUGGCCUGCGCUCACACGGGUAUACAGUUUUAUCAGUUCACCAUCGGGACCCAGCGUGAGGGUCGUCUCCUGUGUCACGGGCAUUACCCAGAGAUCCUCGUGGUGGACGCUACCAGUCUGGAAGUCCUUUACUCACUAGUGUCCAAAAUAUCUCCUGACUGGAUCAGCUCCAUGAGCAUCAUCCGCUCCCAUCGCACUCAGGAAGACACAGUGGUAGCAGUGUCCGUGACUGGAAUUCUAAAAGUGUGGAUCAUCACAGCAGAAGUGAGCCGAAUGCAGGAUCUGGACCCUGUGUUUGAGGAGGAGUCGAAACCGAUCUACUGUCACAGCUGUCAGAGUAUUUCAUUCUGCACCUUCACACAGCUGUCUCUCCUCGUCGUCUGCUCCAAAUACUGGAGGGUGUUUGACGCAGGAGAUUUCUCGCUCCUGUGCUCCGUGCCCAGUGAGAACGAGCAGGCCUGGACAGGAGGAGAGUUCAUCGCCGCUGAUAAAGUGAUCAUCUGGACCGAGGACGGCUGCAGCAACAUCUACAAACUUCCUGCCAGCUGCCUUCCAGCCAGUGAGCACUUCCGCAGUGAUGUAGGGAAAACUGCUGAAGGUUCCAUCCCUCCUCUGGUGUACAGGAUCGCAGACCGUGCAGACAAACAGUUACUGAUCUGUCCUCCGGUGACCCGGUUCUUCUACGGACGCAGAGAGCCGUUCCAUAAGCUGCUGGUUCAGGGUGACUCUGCGGGCAGGCUGACCUUGUGGAGCAUCCCGGACACUUCACCGCUACAGCCGCUGUCUACAGCCGCGGAACUGCAGGUUUCCUCCACCAUCAGCCUGCAGGAGGCGUUCGAUAAACUCACUCCGCUCCCCGCGGGCAUCAUCGACCAGCUGAGCGUGCUGCCCGGCGCCGAGGACCCCAUAAAGGUGACGGCGAGCGUGUACAUCCCGUCCCAGGGCCGCCUGGUGUGCGGCAGGGAGGACGGCAGCAUCGUCCUGGUGCCCGCCACGCAGACCGCCAUCGUCCAGCUGCUGCAGGGAGAACACAUGCUGCGCAGAGGCUGGCCUCCUCACCGCACCCUGAGAGGACACAGGAACAAGGUGACGUGUCUGCUGUAUCCGCACCAGGUGUCCCCGCGCUACGACCAGCGCUCCCUGGUGUCGGGCGGGGUGGAUUUCUCCGUCAUCGUCUGGGACAUCUUCACCGGAGAGAUGAAACACAUCUUCUGUGUGCACGGAGGAGAGAUCACCCAGCUCCUCGUCCCGCCAGAGAACUGCAGCACGCGAGUUCAGCACUGCGUGUGCUCUGUAGCCAGCGAUCACUCGGUGGGUUUGCUGAGUCUCCGAGAGAGGAAGUGCAUCAUGCUGGCGUCGCGCCACCUCUUCCCCAUCCAGGUUAUCAAAUGGAGGCCGUGUGACGAUUACCUGGUGGUGGGCUGCUCCGACGGCUCCGUAUACGUCUGGCAGAUGGACACGGGAGCGCUGGACCGGUGUGUGAUGGGGAUAACGGCGGUGGAGAUAUUGAACGCGUGUGACGAGGCCGUGCCGGCGUCCGUAGACGGUCUGAACCACGCGGCGGUGAAUCUGAAGCAGGCCAUGACGCGCCGCAGCCUGGCAGCGCUCAAGAACAUGGCACAGCACAAACUGCACACACUCGCCACCAACCUGCUCGCUGCGGACAACGCAGACAAGGGCAACUUGCCUAAAUACUCCCACAACGCACUCGUGGUGCAGGCCAUGAAGACCAACCUGACCGACCCGGACAUGCACGUCCUGUUCUUCGACGUGGAAGCCGUGAUCAUCCAGCUGCUGACCGAGGAGGCGCAGCGUCCCAAUCCCACGCUCGUGUCCCCAGAAACGCUACAGAAAGCCCCGGGGGGUGCCGACAAGGGCGGGUCCUUCCUGGCCAACAAGAUCUUCAAGCAGGUGAAAGAGACCAUCAAAGAGAACAUCAAGGAGCACCUGCUGGACGAAGACGAGGACGAGGAGGAGGAGGCUCGUCGCCGUGAGGAGAAGUCCAAAUCCCUCAGCCUGCUGGAGUACAACCUGACCAUGGACACGGCCAAGCUCUUCAUGUCCUGCCUGCACGCGUGGGGGCUGAACAGCAUGCUGGACGAGGUGUGCGUGAGCCGACUGGGCAUGCUCAGACCGCACACGCCCAUCUCCUUCGGCCUGAUCUCGCGUGGCGGCCACAUGUCCCUCAUGCUGCCCACCUUCAAGGACUCGCUGUUAAGGCAGCUCACGAGGGGCAUCGGACCAGAGAGCAGGAAGCUCUCCGUUUCCGAGGUGGUGGGCAAGGGCACGUAUGGGGUCUCGCGUGCCGUCACGACCCAGCACCUGCUGUCCAUCAUCUCGCUGGCGAACACACUCAUGGGCAUGACCAACGCCACCUUCGUGGGUGAGCACAUGAAGAAAGCACCAGCCAGGCCUCCAAGACCCGGUGCCCCAGAGAGCCCCAAAAAGAUGCCCCCCCAGGUCUCCACCCCGGCAAUGCAGUCCCAGAUCAAACAAGGUUGGAGUCAGCUGGCUGCGAUGCACUGUGUGAUGCUGCCUGAUCUGCUGGGGCUCGAUAACUUCAGACCUCCACUCCUGGAGAUGCUCGCUCGCAGAUGGCAGGAUCGCUGCUUGGAGGUGAGAGAAGCAGCCCAGGCUCUCCUGUUAGCGGAGCUGCGCAGGAUUGGUCAAUCUGGCAGGAAGGACACCAUCGACAUGUGGGCUCCAUACCUGCCUCAGUAUGUGGAUGCUGUCAGCUCACCUGGAGCCGCUCCAGAAACAGCCCAGCCAACUCCUCCCCCAGCUGAAGCCCCACCCACCGAACCCAAAGCUCCAGAGGAGGAGAUGGACGUCACUGACGAUGACAUCACUGCAGGAUGUCUGAGUAACCUCCCUCCCAGCGUGAAGAAGAUCUCGAACUCAUACGAGGAGCGGAGGAAACAGGCCACGGCCAUCGUCCUGCUCGGCGUGAUCGGGGCCGAGUUCGGGGCCGAGAUCGAGCCGCCCAGGCUGCCAUCCCGCUCCAGGACCAGCGGACAGGCGCCCGACGGCUUCGGCCUCACCACCGGAGGCUCCAACUAUUCACUGGCACGACACACCUGUAAGGCGUUGACGUUCCUCCUCCUCCAGCCCCCGAGCCCCAAACUCCCCGCCCACAGCACCAUCCGCCGCACAGCCAUCGAUCUGAUUGGCCGAGGCUUUACCGUCUGGGAGCCGUACAUGGACGUCUCGGCCGUGCUCAUGGGCCUGCUGGAGCUGUGCGCCGACGCCGAGAAACAGCUGGCCAACAUUACAAUGGGUCUUCCCCUGAACCCGGCGGCCGACUCUGCCCGCUCCGCUCGGCACGCUCUCUCUCUGAUCGCCACGGCACGACCGCCUGCCUUCAUCACCACCAUCGCCAAAGAGGUGCACAGACACACAGCAAUGCAGUCUCAGGGAUCCCAGUCUCAGCAGAACGUUCACACCACCGCCCUGGCUCGGGCCAAAGCCGAGAUCCUGCGUGUCAUCGAGAUCCUCAUUGAGAAAAUGCCCUCAGACGUAGUGGACCUGCUGGUGGAGGUGAUGGACAUUAUUAUGUAUUGCAUUGAGGGUUCUUUGGUGAAGAAGAAAGGUCUCUCUGAGUGCUUCCCUGCAAUCUGCAAGUUCUACAUGGUGGCGUAUUGUGACCGGAGUUACCGUGUAGCUGUUGGAGCUCGUCAGGGUUCUGUUGCUCUUUAUGAUGUUCGCACGGGCAAGUGCCAGCACAUCCACGGUCAUAAGGGCCCGAUCACGGCCGUGUCCUUCGCUCCGGACGGACGCUACCUGGCCACCUACUCCAACGCCGACAGCCACAUCUGCUUCUGGCAGAUGAACACCUCACUCUUGGGCAGUAUAGGAAUGCUAAACUCCGCCCCUCAGCUGCGCUGCAUCAAGACCUACCAGGUCCCCCCGGUGCAGCCGGCAUCUCCCGGCUCUCAGAACUCCCUCAAACUGGCUCGUCUCAUCUGGACCUCCAACCGCAACGUCAUUCUGAUGGCCCACGACGGCAAAGAGCACCGCUUCAUGGUGUGAGGAAGCUCAAACCAGCACCGAGCUCAGGCUCACGUCGAGAACUUCAGGACCGCGUACCUCCGAGCAGAACGGAACCCGGACCCGGACCUCCGAGAGGAGGCAUUUUAGUGUGUUUACAUUGCUGUUUUUUUUUCCCCUCCAUUGCCCUUUUUAUUUAAACCACUUUUAAAUGUCCUUGUCUGUCCGGUACUUGAUAGAGAAUGAAGGAUUUCGGGAAAUUGUUGUUGUCGUCUCAAGUUGUGAAGGGGGGUCAAAAGGUCAACAGGGGACUUUGGAAGGGAUCGACGGGAGUUUUAACUUCGUUUGCACAUCGCAAAAGAGAACCGAAUGUUUUCCUGGCACAUAACCUGAUCUCCACAGGGCCCCUGUGCUCCGGCUUCUGUCUAACCCUUGUAACCCUGUGAUCUGUGUGUGAUCUCCGAAAACUGUUCCUGCAUGAGGUACUGAAACUUUUCUCACAUUUUAACCGGACCAAAAUGGACCAGAGCCACUUUCUGCAUAGGCGUAGUGUUAAGAAUUAUCGAACUCUUUCCUGCUUCGAAACGUCCUGUUUUGUUUAUCGUUCGCAUGGCAGGCCUCAUUUUCUUUGCCAUGUUUUCUGCUAGAACAUUAUAAUAACAGGAACUAAUUAAAUUGUCACUUCCAGUUUUUACACGAACCACAAAUCUGACCAUUUUCUGCUUUGGCAUAUUUAACAGAUUUCUCACUUCCUGUUUUGGUAUAGUUGACAGAUUUGGCGCUCCCUGCUUUGGCAAAGUUAACAUAUUUGCGACUUCCUGUUUUUGCAUAGUCAACAAAUCUUACCACUUCCUGCAUCCCCCUCGUUAUCUUGUCGGACCACUUCCUAUUCGUUGUAGUCGGCAAACCCCACCCCCUCUGGCUUGCUCCUUAUAAAUUAACCCCACCCCUUUUCCUGCCAUGUGGAAGUGGCCUUGAGUCCUGGUCUGAUGUAUCACUGAAAGUGUCUAGUGGAUGAACAUAAUCAUUAUCACGUAUUGUUGAUUCGUACAUCACCAGGAAGACGCCCGACGCUUAUUUGUUUGUUUGUUUGUUUAAAAAAAAGUUUCAUUAUUUUGUAUGUGUCUCGUCUAGCCGUGAGUCGUUUUUUGCGUUAUCGUGGAAUAUUCGCUAGCGUGUUGUUGAGAUGCUGUAUUGCUAUUUAUCAAAGUAGCUGUUCUUCUCUGGGCCUUGGACUUAGCGUGUGUUGUUAAUACACACACACACACACACACACACACACACACACACAGUCAUAUACCAUGUGCUGUAGAUACUAGCUCAGAAUAAAUGAAGGUACAAAAG